AUGGCUAAUAAUUAUCAAGAUGAUGAAGAUGCAGCAUUGGAAGAGUGUAAAGAUUUGAGCACAAUACAUAAAACUUCGGACACUGCAUUAACUACUAGGCCUUCAGGUAAUGGUAAAUAUGACGAUUUCUAUAAUCAUAUUAAUCAAAUUGCAUCAUCAUCAUCUAUACCGUUCAUUGCUGAUAACAACAAUUUUGCAUCAUCAUCGGUCUAUUUUAAUGAAAUACCUCUUGACUAUAAUGAAUGGCAAGUACGUGAUUCUUAUGCUAGCAGAAAACGUUCUCCACGGCAAAACGAAUUUCUUCGACUUCUGCUAGAAAAUCCACGUUAUCGUUCGUACACAUGUUGGUUAGAUAAAAAGCGAGGUUUAUUUAGAAUUCUUCAACCAGAUCAAGUAGUUGCGCUAUGGGAAAAAGUUAAAGGUCGACAAACUCAACGAAAAAUGAAUUAUGAAACAUUUUCACGAGGUAUCCGACAUUAUUAUAAAGCAGGAAUAAUGAUGAAAACAAAUACAAGAUACACAUUCUGUUUUAAACAAUCUGCACAAUGA